GUAAAAAAUAACAAACUAAUCUAUCAGCGACAGGAGAGAAGAUCAUCACUACAUUGCUGCGUACCUCAAUGUGCUAAUUCAUCUCGUUACAACGGCAAGAUAAGCUUUCAUUUGUUCCCGAUUGACUCUGAAGUUCGGGCUCAGUGGUUAGCCAAAAUUCGCAGGGACCAUUUCAGUCCUACAAGAAACACUAGAGUAUGUAGUGUACAUUUCCAACGUGAUGAUUUUAUUUUGACUACUAAGGGACUAAGGAAACUUAAAAAGGGAACUGUCCCUUCUAAUUUUGCAUGGAAUCACGAUCACAGAGAGUGAAUGUUUGGGAGAUUACUUUUCAAGGAAACCUUUUAAGGAAAGUCUGUUCACUCGGCAGCCAAAUUUGCAAGUCCUCCAGGCAGCUAUUUGGGGGAUCCAAGACCAAGUCCUAACUAUAUGAAUGGAGGAAUCCUGAAAACUCAAAAACUUUUGCUAAACUCACAAUUAAAUAGCAUAUUUCAAAUCAGCAACAACAUCUGACAUGAACUGUCCCAUGAAUGUUGUUUCCUAUGCUCAAAUAGCAAUGAAAAAACCUUCAGGCUAGACGAGCCAAUGCGCAUGUGCAGUCCUAAGCGCGAGUCUCAGGUUUCUCUGGGAACUGGAGCUUCUAACGGCAGCUGCAGUGACACAAUGACUUUAUCAAUCAGCGAUUGGCUCUUUUACUUAGAAGGUGGGAUGUAUUCCGCCAUAUUGGGUUUCUCCCAUUCACAAGUAAUAGGAGUGAACCGUCUUUCUACAUCUAUAGUCUUUGGUAAAACUCAAAAAUGGCACCUGUUCAUGACUACCAUCAAUCCAGCAAAAUCAGCAAUGGCAAGUAAACUGACCAUAAGUUAUGAGGAAUUGAAGAAUAAAGUGGACGAAGUACAACAUCAGCUAGAAACUGUACAGUUGCAGUCCCAUUUUGGGUUACAAUGCAUUGCUGGAGCAGACAAGAAUAUUCGUUUUUACACCAGGUUUGCCUCAUACAAGCAUUUCUUGGCUUUUUGGCAACUGGUGGAGUCUGCUGCGAAAAAUAAGAUGCUGCAGAUCACCAGGGCAAAGACUGCCUCUGCCAGUUUUGAGGAACUGACCCAACCAAAAGCAAUGUGUCCAAACACAGAAAAACUUCUAGUGAAGCGACUAUUAUCAAGAUGGCGUUUAUUAAAGAGGAGAGUGAAAACAUGAAGUUUGAAGAAACAUUCAAAGUGAAAAAAGAAGGUACUAAGGAUCAAACAAACAUGUUUAUUAAAGAGGAGAGUGAAGACAUAAAGAGUGAAGAAGAAUUAAGAGUGAAACAAGAAGAUACUGAGGAACAAACAGACCUGAUCGCACUGAAAGAGGAAAGUCAAGAACUUACUGAUUUGAAGAGGAAAGAUCAGUAUGAAAAUCAUCAUGAUUUCACGACUGGAGAAAAAUCCACAGAGACUCAAAAGACAUCCCCAAGAAAAAGACGUCGGAACAAGUCUAACAUGAGUUUCACCUGCCAUCACUGUGGAAAAAGUUUCAGUCAUCAUGGAAACCUUAAAGUCCACAUGAGAGUUCACACUGGAGAGAAGCCUUUCUCCUGCCAACAGUGUGGAAAGAGUUUCACCCAAAAACAAAACCUUAAUACCCACAUGAAGCUGCACACUGGAGAGAGCUCUUACACCUGCCAACAGUGUGGAAAGAGUUUCACUCAAAAAGGAAACCUUACAGUCCAUUUGAGAAUUCACACCGGAGAGAAACCUUACACAUGUAAACAGUGUGGAAAGAGUUACACAUAUAAAAACUACUUUAAUUCCCAUGUGAAAAGUCACACUGUAGAGAAGCCUUUCACAUGUGAUCAGUGUGGAAGGGGUUUCACACGUAAAAUAUCUUUUAAUUACCACAUGAGGAUUCAUUCAAGAGAGAACUGUUUUAUAUGUCAUCACUGUGGAAAGAGUUUCACCUAUAAAAUAAGCCUCAAGACUCACAUGAGAGUUCACACUGGAGAGAAACCUUAUACAUGCACUCAGUGUGGAAGGAGUUUCACAUAUAAAGCAUCCCUUGACUCCCACAUGAGAAGCCAUACUGGAGAAAGGCCUUACGCUUGCAAACUGUGUGGAAAAAGCUUCCCACAAAAAGGAAACCUUCAGACUCACAUGCGAAUUCACACUGGAGAGAAGCCUUUCACGUGUCUUCAGUGUGAAAAGAGUUUCAGAUAUCAAAGAGACUUGAAGCAUCAUUUGGAACAGACUCAUUGUGGAAAGAAAUUGCAGUGUUCUGUGUGUAAUAAGAAGUUUAACAAAAUGACCAAUUUUAAAAAUCACCUGCGCAUUCACACUGGAGGAAGACAAUUUAAUUGUGAUCGGUGUAAUAAAAAAUUUAUUUUGCAGUCACACUUAAAGAUACACAUGAAAAGCCAUGCAAAUGUGAGAACUUAUUUGUGUUCUUUGUGUGGAAAGAGUUUUAAAUGGCUUGGACAUUUAAAAUGGCACCAGAAAAUAUGUCUCUGUGUGAAGUCGAGGCUGCAUUCACACCGUAGCUAAAUGUGGACCAAAUCUGAUAUCUCCUUUUGUCAAGUACAUACAUUCCUGUGGCCCCACCUGACCUUCUCCUUUGCUAUAGUUUCAAAUAUUGAGUGGUUGUGAGAGACGCCCUUUAAUUUCGAUUGUAUGGAGGCGUUGUUGCAUUCCAAAUAUUGAUACCUCUGAAUCAGAAUAUUAGUUGAUCUUCUCUCUUGCUGUGAAAUGCCACAACGUGAAUGGAAGUUUAUAAAUAAAAGGACAUAAACUGAAUAAAAUAAU